AUGAAGGUUUUUGCUCUCAUUCUUUCGGUCCUCGCGUUGGCUAAUGGCAAGGGUUCAGGACCGUACCUCUAUGAGAGACCAGAAGGGCGUGCGUUCUUCUUGCCUUCCGAGAUUGUGAAACCUGUUCCAACACCUGCAAUCGAAGUAAACCUUCAAGGCUCCGAGGCAUCAGGUUCUGACUCCCUCCGAGAGUACGGCCCACCGAAGGUGCAGGAAUUAUCACAGAACUUGUUGAACCAAGGUUUACCCGAUGUGACUAUCGAACAAACCUUCGGCUUCUCAUCUCAAAAUGCUGAAAGUUACAGCCCAGGUGUUGCUGAGAAAGUGGAAAUCUCUGAAGCGUCUCAACCCUCGUUAGAUGACAACCCACCUAUUUCCGCUGAGCUGCCAAUCUUAGAUUUUGAAGUAAAAGAAACAACAACUACCGCUAAUGCUGACGACACUACAGAAAUCAUCAGCCAACUGAAUCAGCUCACCCAAGAAUCUAACGAGCAGUUGAAUCAAAGAAACUCUCUAGCGUCUUUACUAUACGUUAGUGAGCAAUCGAAUCAAGAAAACGCAGAAUCUCAGACUACAGAACUUACUAACGGACAAAAGAAUCAACAAAACUCAGAAGAAUCAUUGAAAUACCAACAAGAAUCUUCCACAGCAAGCGAUGUACAGAAGGUUACAGCUACAGAUUCUAUAGGAAGUACACAAGUGCUGUUGGUUAAUGCUGUACCGGCAAGCGAAUCAGAGCAGAACGUUCCAGAACUACAAAACAUUCCUGAUAUUAUUGCUAGCUUGGAGAAGGAAAUUUUAACUCAACAGGUACAGGCAGUGAGCGAACUAGCUUCAGUUCAGGCUUUGGGACCAGUUCCUGAAGGUUUCCUGGAAUAUGGACCCCCAGGCUUCGUUGAAUAUGGCCCUCCUAAGGGAGACGAUGAAAUAUUGACGAACAUUCAGAAUAUCGAAUCAAAUGAAACCCGCAGAAGACGGUUCUCGCCUAGACUAAGGUAA